ACAUACUGCCAUAAUAUCCACUAUAUCCGACCAAUUGAACUACCCGGCUAAACGGCAACAAGCCGAGGCCCACCACAUUACUUUGAUUAGACAGUAAGUGGAAAGUUAAACAUUUCUGUCCUCGUUGGACCAGUUUAAAAAACACGACAAGAGUUUUGGGUAGAAAGUGCGACACCGUUUUUUUUUUUUUAGACAAUGUCGCAAACCGGAGGUUAGAGAGAAGAGAAGAAAAGUCGGAUUGCAGCUCAUUGAACGACCAAACAAGUAGUUUUUGAUGGCGAGAACUACAUGAAAUCCUCUUCGCUAUAACAGGACAAGAGGGCGAGCAGCAGCUGCAGUAGAGAGGAGACAUUUUAAGACUACAUUACCUGCCUGCAUACAAGUGAAGAGAGGAUGUUGUCUCGGCUGGGUGAGCUGAUAUGGGCGGACUGGAUUUGGUUUCCUGAAGGCCACGGCUGGGCUGACCUGACGGACCAUGAUGGCAAAGUUUACCCUAAACCACGGGACCUCUGGGUUACUAUACCCAUCGCCCUCUGCUUCCUGGUCAUCAGACAGAUAUUUGAGAGGACAGUAGCGACUCCUCUCGCCUCCCUUUUGGGUGUGAGUGACAAGCAGCCGCCUCGCGCUCCUCCAAAUCCCAUCCUGGAGUCUUUUUUCUACAGCACAUCAAAGAAUCCCACACAGAGCUCCAUAGAGAGUUUAAGUAAACAGACGGGCUGUUCAGUGCGACAGGUCCAGAGGUGGUUCAGGCGGCGGAGAAACCAGGACCGACCCAGCAAGCUCAAAAAGUUUCGGGAAGCAAGUUGGAGAUUUACCUUUUACCUUCUUGCUUUCUUUGCUGGCCUGGCGGCCCUUAUUGACAAACCAUGGUUGUAUGAUAUGAAGCAGAUGUGGGAGGACUUCCCGAAAAUGCCACUGUUGCCUUCACAGUACUGGUACUAUGUGAUCGAACUCGGCUUCUACGUCUCGCUGCUUUUUAGCGUAGCAUCAGAUGUCAAACGUAAGGAUUUCAAAGAGCAGAUAAUUCACCAUGUUGCCACCAUCUCCCUCAUCAGUUUCUCCUGGCUGGUCAACUACAUCCGGGCAGGGACUUUGAUCAUGUUAGUGCAUGACUCCUCUGACUAUUUAAUGGAGUCAGCCAAAAUGUUCAACUACGCUGGUUGGAGGAAUACCUGCAACAUCAUCUUCACCACCUUUGCUGCAGUUUUCAUCUUCACCCGCCUCAUAAUCCUUCCCUUCUGGAUCAUAUAUACGACGUGGGUGUACCCCCUGACCCUCUACGCCCCCUUCCUCGGCUUCUACUUCUUCAACGGUCUAAUGUUGGUGCUGCAAGCUCUGCACAUCUUCUGGGCCGUGCUCAUCCUGCGCAUGGUCUUCAAAUUCCUGCCAGGCAAUCACAUUGUCGAGGACGAGAGGAGCGAUAAAGAGGAGACGGAGUCGGAAGACGAAGACGCCCAUCCCGAGCAGAAGGAAAAGUAUCAGAACGGUCACGUGCAGAACGGCCACACUCUCCUCAACAACAACCACAGUAAGACGGACUGAUUGGACAGUGAGAGCUGGAGAUGAGGCUGUGAGGAGCGACCAUGAACUCUCAUCUGAAAGCCAAAGAACGGAAGCGUGGCAUGUUGAAAUGGGUAACAGGCGGCAGCGCACACACACUCACACACACUCACACACACUUACACACACACUCACACACACACACACACACACACACACAACUUUAGUCUCUUUUCUGGAACCCCGGUAGUCCAAAGUGGAUAAUUUCACUUCUCUGUGGAUUAGAAUGAAUUUAAUGAAGAGAGGCGGACUGUGGUGGAGAACCACAAUGAUCUGCUUAUCACUUAAGCAGCAGAGUGUUUUCUCAUUACACACACCAUCUCCUCUUUCCUCCACCCUCUAUUCUCUUUUGCUUUUUACUAAGAUUUUGUGCUGUUGACCACGUUGCCACAUGCCAAAUCUGCCUGCUUGUAGCUUUAUGUUUUGUUCCUGGAAGUGUUUUGAAAACAUGUUGUGGUUAGGACGGGCACUGCCUUCCUGCACAGUCAGUUAAAACUCUUUCAAGUAUUGCUACCCUUAAACCUGACUGAUUUUUUGCUCUAAAUAACCACACUGAAUUCAGUGACAUGGUGCUGAGCGCUAAAGGUGAAUGAUGUCUUUCUAUGGACCUAACCUGAUUUAAGUCUUUACUGAGGUAUCAGUUAAUAAUGAAUUUGUGCAAGUUGCAGCUGCCAGUUUGUCACUUUGGUUUUUCUAAAAUAUAUAUUUGUUCCAAUAAUUUAAAACAAAAUAAUUGGAGGUAAAUAAUGUUUUUUAACAGUCUGAAAAAAGUGCGAGAAGGUGCUACAUCUGCCACGUGUGUGUGUUGAAAUGUGCCUUGUGUGGAAGUUUGUCUUAAAUGCUUCGCCUAUUUGGGAAGCAGAACGCACAUAGAUCAUUUUAAAUGUUUUGUUUAGUUUUCAUGCUUAAUAUCUUUUUAAGUUGUAUGAUUUUAUUAUGCUUUGUUUUAUUUGUUUUCAGUCCAGUCAACGGUUUAAAUUUGGGAGCAAUUUGUCUGAGUGUAACCCAAACCAAUCAGUAACUGUUUAUGAAUUCUUUAUGGACUGAAAGAGUCGAUAGCAUUUCCAUUCGGUGUUGUUUUUCCCGUCCAUCCAAAGAUGCACUUUAUGGUUUUGUCUAAAAGAUCAGCAUUGACUAAAUAUUUUGUAAACGAGCAUAGAUUUCUUUUUAGUUAAAAGGGGUAUGAUUUAAAUUUUUGUUUCAUAUUUAUUCUCAUCAUUAUCUACCCAGAAUCUUCCUUGUUCUCAGUGUUUUUGGUUUAUUUUGUAAAAAGAAAAAAAAAUAAGUUUAAUGAAAUCUUAAGAGGUAAAAAUGAAACACCAAAGUGUGGUUUACAUUUUGUACUACCUUGUCAUUUGCAAGUGCCUUCAUCAUUUCAAGUGUUAAUUGUAAAAAGAAAUGUUAUUUCUGACCCAUUUGUCUUUAUUUCUGCUGUCUUUGUGCACCAUCACAUCCAACACUCCGUGAACUGUAACGCUCUGGGCUUCUAACUUACCUGCCUCGGCUCACGACAACCAAUCACCUGCAGCUCCCUCUAAAGAGCUUUGCUUCUAUAGAAAGGGUUUUUAUUCUGCAUUGUGCUGCUGAGAUGUAAAAGCAUAAUGACGAUGAUGAUAAAGAUAAUUGUGGAUAACUA